AUGGCCGAAGCAGCAGAGAUCGCCAACGGCUAUCCGAACGGACACCUGGGGCACUUGACGGAAGAGGAGGACACUCAGUUGAAGGCGUUCCGCGUGUUUUUGGAGGAAAAUGGGCUGUAUAAGCCUGGGCCGCCGGCUUCGCAUGAUGAUCAGACGUUGUUGCGGUUCCUUCGCGCGCGGAAAUGGGUGGUCAAGGAUGCGUACGAGCAGUUUAGGGAUACGGAGGAGUGGCGCAAGAAGAACCAGCUGGAUGUGCUGUACGACACGAUUGAUGUGGAUGCUUACGAGCAGACUCGGAGUUUGUAUCCUCAAUGGACAGGGAGGAGAGAUAGGAGGGGCAUUCCACUCUACCUCUUCCAGAUCCGUCACCUUGACUCAACAACAGUAUCAAAGUACGAAAAGGACUCCGAGGCCCGCAACGCCAGCAAAGCGGAAACCGACGGCUCCACGCCGCAGCGCCUGCUCCGACUCUUCGCCCUCUACGAAAACCUCACCCGCUUCACCCAACCCCUCUCGUCCCAGCUAACAGACCGCGAAGCCGCCGGACGCACCCCCAUCACCCUCAGCACCAACAUCGUCGACGUCUCGCAGGUCUCCCUGCGCAUGUUCUGGAACCUCAAGGCGCACAUGCAGUCCGCCUCGACCCUGGCCACGGCGCAUUACCCAGAGACCCUCGACCGCAUCUUCAUCAUCGGCGCGCCGUACUUUUUCAGCACCGUCUGGGGCUGGAUCAAGCGCUGGUUUGACCCCAACACCGUCUCGAAAAUCUUCAUCCUGUCUGCCGCCGAGGUCCUCCCGACGCUGGAGAAAUUCAUCGACCUGAAGAAUAUCCCCAAGCAGUACGGUGGCGAACUCGAUUUCAACUUCUUCGAUCGCCCCAACUUGGACCCGCACAUCAAGGAGGUCGCGACGUGGGAGAAUGGGUAUGUCGAUUUCCCGCCUGGCCCGAUGUACUGGGUGCCGGAGGCCGAUGGGGAGCGGCUGGUGUGCUUGGCGGUGGGGAGCAAGGAUGGCGCGGAGAGAAGAGAGCGGGUGUGCACUAUCCCGAGGACGUUUCCUAAGGUGGAGGAGCCAACCGGCGCUGAGGCUGUCGUUGCGGCUGAGACGGUGACCGAGGAGAAGGCGGCGGCUGCCGACGCGUCAACUGAGGACGCUAUUAAGGGUGUGGAGAAGUUGGCCGUGACUGAUGAGGAGUUGAAGAAGGAGGUUGUAGAUAUUGUGGCUGAGGAUGCUCAGCGGGCUCAGCAGGCGGGACAGACCGUGGCUGCGUGA